GCUUAAAUUAUUGCCCAUGAGGUACGCCGGUUUCAAAAUGGACGACGGUGUCACAGAUCAGCCUGUCUGCAAAAGAGCUAAAAUUGACAGUAAUGACGAGUCUCUGGAAGAAAAAAAUAGUAGUAAAGAUGCAAAUAAAGACCUUGAAAAAGAAUCAACAAUAAAAAGCGAAUUUGUAAAGGACAUAGGCCCGCGUCUCUCCGAGAGCGAUGUAGGAAUUGACCAAUAUGUAUGUGACUCUCCUGGUAUAGGAGGCAUUAUCAAGCAAAGAUAUGCAGAUUUCAUUGUUAGGGAGAUAGAUAAAAGCGGGAAAAUUGUGCGUUUGUCGAGUAUUGAAUUCCUGGAAGCUGAGAGAAAAUACCAAGAGGAUGCAGAAAGCUGCCAUGUAGAUACUGUUGACGCCAAAGAUGAAACCAACGCUGAAGGUCCACUUAUUCUCGAGGAUCUUGGUAGAUUAAAUGAUUUUCUCGCGGAUUCGAAGCAAACUGAUAUAAAAGAUCGUUUCUUAGUUCUAAGUGCAGACAAUGACAAAGAACACAGAAAGCUGGUGCAUAUGUUUAUAAAGAAAAACUAUCAAGACCUUGAUACAGAAACAUUUGAGAAUGAAAGUGGAGAGAAGAUGGUCAAAGUUUUCUUAAAGGAGAAAAAUCAAAAUAGACAAAGGCAGAGGAAACAGAGAGAUAACAAGCAAACACAAUAUUGUCAUUUUGUUUUAUAUAAAGAAAAUAGAGACACAAUGAGUGCUGUAAACUUAAUUGCAGAUUUACUUCGUGUAAAGCCAUCUGUGUUUUCAUAUUCAGGAACAAAAGACAAAAGAGCAAUAACAACCCAGCAACUUUGUGCUUGUAGAGUUGAUGCCAAAAGAUUGGCAUCAAUAAACAAGCUAGUUAGAAAUAUUGCAGUUGGUUCAUUUGAAUAUAAAAGCUUUCCUUUGAAAUUAGGCGAUCUUAGUGGAAAUCAGUUUUCAAUAGUGUUAAGAAAUAUAUCCCUAACUGCAAGUGAAGAGUUGUUGUCUAAGAUUAUAGAAAGCUUGAGAGGCAGUGGUUUCAUUAACUAUUUUGGGAUGCAAAGAUUUGGCAGUGGAUCUGUUGCAACGUUUGAAGUUGGAAAAGCAGUUCUGAGAUCUGACUGGGAAUCAGUGAUCAAGCUCAUAUUGAGCCCUAGACCUGAAGAGGACAAGCUGGUGUUCAAUGCUAAAAUGCAUUGGCUAGAAACAGGUGACAGCAAAAGUGCUUUAGAAAUGAUGAAGAAAAGGAGAUGCAUUGAAGGGAAAGUUCUUGACAUCCUGGCCAAGCAAGGAGAAAAAUCGUUUUAUAAUUCAUUUCAAGGAAUUCCAAGGAAUACACGAUUGAUGUACAUACACAGCUAUCAAAGUUAUAUUUGGAAUAAAAUUGUGUCAAAAAGGAUUAAGAUUUUUGGGAUGCAGCCAAUAGCUGGAGACCUUGUUCUGUCAAAACAUGCAGAAGAUGGAAACGUAGGAUUACAAACAGAAAGUAUGACUAGAUGUCAAGUGAAGAUGCUGACAGAGGCAGAUUUGGCAAGCAUGGCAUACAAAAUUACAGAUAUAGUGAUACCACUACCCGGGUAUGAUGUUACGUAUCCAGGCUUCGGUGCCAAAGAAUGGUAUUCUGAGUUGCUUGCAUUGGAUGGCCUGAGUUUGGAAGAUAUGCGGCACCAAAUCAAGGAAUACUCUUUGUCAGGGGCCUACAGAUUCAUGAUCGCCCGACCAAGCAACAUCAGUUGGUCAAUUGCUGCAUAUGAUGACUACAGAGUGCCUCUCUGGCAAACUGACUUGGAUGUUAUUCAUGGACAAGAGAUUCCAAGUGGGAAUGAGUCUGGGAAUCUCAAAGCAUUGAAGUUGGAGUUUAGUUUACCAACAUCCUCUUAUGCGACAAUGGUCAUACGAGAAAUCACAAAAAUGGACACAUCCACACACAGUAACAUAGAACUUAAUGUGUAAAAGGGGAAUUUUACAUUUUGAUAUCUCUUCAUGCUAAUCCAAGAUUUGUGUCCUUUACAAUGUUGCCUCCUUCGGAUCUAAACAAAUGCUCGUUCAGUAUACGUUUGAAUAGAAGGGGUUUAAUUUGUGAAUAACAACUUUCAGUAAAUCGCUUAAAGUCGUUCAAAAAUACCAAUGUGUGUUAUUAAUAUCCUUGUGAAUGGCUUCACAAAGGUGCAUUACAGCUAACUGAGUCCUAUUCUUUUAAAUUGCCAUUGCAAAAGAAGCAUCUUUAUGGAAUACAUGAAUUUCUUUCCUAUACUUUUUUUUACACAAAACGAGAACUAAAUGUUUUUAAGCAGGAUGUUUUAAGGCAGUUGAAUUUGAAGGAGAAUGCUUGAGAAGAUGGUGAAUUGAAAUUAUGAUAUUAGAGACGAUGAAUGAGAGCUAUGAUAAUUGGUGAAUGUCUGUCUACUUAAACGGUGUAUUUGUUGGUGUUUUA